AUGCUUCGCAGAUCCAGGAUCAGUGUUCGGCCCAACGUCAGGCCAGCAGGCAGAGGCCCAGCUCCAGCCUCCUCCCAGGACACUCCUCCACCUUCCCAGGAGGCUCCAGCUGCAGGCUCCGAGGACCCUCCCCAGGCAGGGGGCCAGUGCGUGAAGGACACCACCACAACUGCAGCGCCAGAAGCCUCCACAGAGUCCACCACACCCAGAGAGUGAGUGACAAUCAAUCAAUAAUUGAAUCAAAUGUAUUAUAGUCCCUUUUACAGCUAAAUGUGUCAAUGCCAAGGUGCGGCUGUCAGAGAUGGUUCUGAAGGUUUAUAAUCUCUCAUAGGUUUUCAAUUUUUGUUGUAGAAUUGAGAACUACUCAAGAUAACAUGGCUCUUACACAUGGUUUAAACUAGUCUGAUUAAUUAGGUUGUAAUACACAAUUAAUUUGUAUAUGCAACCUGAUGCUAAUGCCUGCAAAAUUGUGUAAAUGUUAAUAAAAUUACAUAUAAACUUACCAUACCGGUUGUCUGUGCGGUUUGUCCUUCAUUUGCUCAAAAUUUGAGACAAAAUAUCCACAGGAAAGUAUUGUUUAACUGACGUUUUAGAGAGCCAGUAGGUAUAUGGUUUGGCACCGAGGUAAAGUUUGUUUUAUAUUGGAUCUUCUUUUUUAUUUCGUCAAUAGCUGUUGAACCAAGCAUGCCAUGACAAUGAAAAUGUUGUAUUCUGAAUCAGGAGAGGAUGGAGAACAAUCCACACGUUAAAUGUAUUUUUUUUCUUUUAAAAUGUGGAAAUACGAAGAAAAAAUUAAUAGAUAUAUGUGUGUAUGUAUAUAUAUACAAAAAUAAAAAUUCACAAAAAAAAUGUCUGGAUUGUUUUUCAUCCUCCCCUGAUUCAGAAUAUAUAAUUUAUUGUCACAGUAAACAAUAGUUUCCUGUGUAGAUUUGUCUCAAAUUUCAAGCAGCUGAAAGUCAAACCGCACAGACCACCUGUAGAGUAAGUUUAAAUUGAAUUUUAUUAUACAUUCUGGCUCAUAAGGAACAUUUACACGAUUUUGCAGGCAUUAGCUUCAGGCUGUAUAUACCAAUUAAUUGUGAAUUACAGCCUGAUUAAUCAGACUAGGUUUAAACCUGUUUUUGCCCCAACAACCAUCCUCUGACUGUGUGGUUCAGUGUUGCUCACGUAUUGCUUGAUUGUCUGCAUUGUCUCUGACCCUUUUGUCUUUUGAUAUAGGGAUGGAAAAGACCCAAAUGGCGAAGCUUCCAGCGGCACCCCCUCUGCCGGUCUUCAAAGGAGGAAGCGGUUCUCUGUCAUGCCAAACCUCGCCAAACCCCGGGUGGCAGCCACCCCAGCCCUCACCCGCUCCUCCCCCAGGACCCCCAAGUCCCCUGUGAGAGCAGGCACUGAGACCCCAGCCCUAACCCCUGAGGCUCCAGAGGCCCCCAGCCAGCCAGAUUCUGGACCCCCACAGGGCAUGAGAUCCCCAAGGCGGAGGCCCUCUGGAGGUAGUAAGCAGGCCAAAGGACAGCCCAAACCCAGCCCCCUGUCCUCAGCUUCCCCAGGCCCUGAGACAACAACAACCUCUCUGGGGAAGGUGGCAGUGGAGGACUCAUCCUCGUCACAACAGACCCCACAGGCAGCAGGCAAAGAGGCAACAUUCUCACAAGUACCCAAACAAGACAAAGGAGGCAUCCAAUCAGAGCUCCUGAAAAAAACACCAAGCAUUAAAGUUCCAUCCACUCCGUCAGAGAUGGUCCCAUCAUCCUCCCUUCCAGACAAAGAGGGUAUCUCAGUAUCAGAGAGAGCUAAGACUCUACUCGCCAGGUCUGUGUCUGGUGGACUCACCGGGCUGGUACCAGGGAAGUCCAGGCUUAGCAGGUUCCUGAAUGACCCAACAGACCUACAGAGGCUGGCUAAGGCCCGGAAGCUCAGAGAGUUGUUGAGACAGGAGAUGAACAAGGAGAAGGUGAGAUCGGUUUUAGUCUCACUUGUGAUCUUUAGUUGAAAGAUUAAAGUGAUGCUAGAAAGGUUUUGUAUAAUUUCAGCCAGUAAUUUUGAAAGUAGCGCUCACGAGCCAAAAUGGGUUCCCGGAAAUUGUGCACAAUUGUAUUCAACGUCAUCCAUUUCGUCUGAUAUGUUACGUCCUUAUUUUAUUAUUUAAAAAAAUUAAUUAGUAUGAUACUGUGUGUUACACAUUCCAAUUCGUACAAUGUUACGAAUUUGUAGGUGCUUAAGAUCCCGUUCAAUCUAUUUAAGGCUGGAUAAUGUAAUCUUGUGAAGCUAACAACAUUAUGCAUGUUUGAUAACACACAAAAUCUGCACAGAAUGUAGGACUAUUAUUGCAAAUUGAUAGGUUAAACGCUUCUCCAGGCACUGUCGAAAUUUCUGAAGAUACCAAGAACUGCAAAUUCAUUGCGUAUCUCAAACACCCACACUGAUUGUGUUUAGAUAGCAGAGGUUCUUCAGUUCAACAAGUUGGUGCUGUCACCAAGAGCAGCUGCUAGAUGACAGCAGAGCAGUGUUUACUGUCAUUGUUUAGAUGCUUGUCAUACCACUGAAUUUUAACAGUGUGAUGUUUUGAAUGUGCAGAAACGGAGCAAAGCCAAGGUGUGUGUGAAGGAAUACACACUAGAUCCCUCUAAAAUGACCAUGCGAGAUCUCAUCUACUACCUGCCUGAUAGCAACCCCAUGACGUAAGGUUACACCUUCAGUGGGGGUGUGUGUGGGGGUGUAUUAGUUCUGUACAGUCAGUGUAAAUCUAUGUGCUAUUUGAAAGGUUUUUCUGAGCCGUACUUUUUCUGUGUUGCGUGUUCCUUCCAGGUCCUAUCUGGUAGAGGACCAGAGGGAGAACGAGACUGUCCUCCCGCUCACCCCACCAAGAGAAGAGUAAGACCAUAUCAUGUUCAAGUUUAUUUUCCAUUUCUAGAAAAUACAUUAGAUGUCUUAUAUUAGAUUACCUAUUAGGCAGGCAAUAAAGUGUGUGAAAGAUCAUCUCACAAUGGAGCAACCAAGUGGGCUGUGCAAUUUAACCCAAUUUAAAUUAUCAUCUUUGUCCUACACAGGUCACCUGAAAGACCCCCAACACCGGAAGCCGCAGCUGAGACAGCCAGCCAGAGAGAUGAAGAUGAAGAUGAGGAUGAGGCUGACGAUGGGGUAAUGGUCCCGCGGGUGAAGGUGGCAGAAGAUGGCUCUCUGAUCAUCGAUGAGGAGAGGUCAGGGACGUCUCUCAGUUUCCUAAUUGAAAAGCAAUUUUUUGUUUACUUCCUGAAUUGACUUCCUGAAUUGGACUUCACCCUAAUCCUGGUAUGUUUGCAUGUUACUUAACUUUUUCCCCCUGUGUGUGUCCCAGUUUGACGGUGGAGGUCUUGAGGCAGAAAGGGCCCAACCCAGCUGAUGAUCGAGACCCCAUCUUUGAGCGUGGCUCCACAACCACCUACUCCAGCUUCAGAAAGGGGACACAUGUCAAGCCCUGGUCCAACAAAGGUGUGUCUGACAACCACUACUUGGGUCCAAUAGAACUCUACUCUAUCUAAUAUUUACUUAGUCAUCAGUUACACCUUAGUUUACCUGUGUUUCUGCAUAUUGAAACCAAAAGUCCUACUAAAACAACGUUUUUGUGUUGUUUCGUCAGAGACGGACAUGUUCUUCCUGGCCAUCAGUAUGGUGGGAACAGACUUCUCUAUGAUUGGACAGCUGUUCCCUCACCGCGGUCGCACCGAGAUCAAGGUAUCACUGAUAGUCUCUAAAUUACCUGUGUAAGCUAUUAUAGUCUUAUUACUAAUUUAGCCCCAUAAGUAAGUCCCUAUGUUUUGGUUGUUCAUGUCGCAUAACCUGGAUUUUAAAGGCCUAGGUUAGUAAAAAUAAAUAAAGAUUUGUAUAUAUAUUUCUAUACUGAGGUUGGAAUAAUACUGUGAUGUUUGAAAAGACUGCCUGAAAGUUAAUCUUGUUUUGGUGGUGCCUGAAAGUUAAUCUUGUUUUGGUGGGAGGAUGUUUUGGCCUUCCAUGGUAAUAUCACCAUGCGGUAAAUUAGUUAAUAGACCACCAAUAAGAAAGAGAGUUCCAAACAUCUGUCAAUAACAGCACAUUUUCAGUUUCCCACUCAGACCACUCCCAGACAGUCCUAGCAGAAUUCUGGCUUGAGAAAUUGCCCUUUUGACCAUUUUUAAUUUAAAACAAUCACAGUAAGGUACUUAACACAGACACAACGUGUACACAUGCUGCUCCAGAGCCAAUACUGUUCUUCCUUCAGACAAGUGUGUAUCAAAACUUUGUUCAUUUGCACAAUGUCUCUCGUUCACAUUGUUUGUAAAUGUCCAAACUCACCAAAAUUAUUUGUUUAUUUUUAUUUUCGCUUGGUAGCAUAUUUAGCUAGCAGCCACCAUGGAAAUUUGCUAUUACUUGUACUCAUUUUGUUAGCAUUCUGGUAAUGGAUGCCCAAUGGGCUUUUCUUUUGUGUUUUUUUUGGCACCCCCUUGUGUACUAAGUCGGUAAUACCGUAAAACCCAGGAUGAGAAGCACGAUAUGAACAUCUGGGUACCGUCCAACCUUAAAUACUGUAGAUCGGGGCUGUAGCACUGUACAACUGUACUAGGUUGUGUUACUGCAGGUUUGUAAUUUUGUCUCCUGUUUUUUAAUCUUCAGAACAAGUUCAAGAAAGAGGAGAGAGCAAACAGCUGGAGGAUAGACAAGGCCUUCAGUAAGUUUGAAAAACAAAUUUAUUUUUUAGCAACUUACUAUACUCAGUCAUUAUAGACGUGAUUCAGGAAUCCAAUUCAUCCUGGUCUUUUCUCUGUUCUAUAGAGGAGAAACGCAGGCUGGAUCUGGAGUUCUUCACUAGCCUCCUGGAGAAGAUCUUGGCUGCAGAGGCAAAGAGGAACAAGAAGAACAAGUCCCCCACAGAGAAGAUAGUGAUCAAGAAAAAUAUCAAACAGAAAGGUUACUAAGAUACAUUUCCUUGUCUACUACCUAUUGGUCAUGUAGGGAGUUCCACCACAAAGUCAAUGCCUGAAUUUCUCAGAGUGGAUUUUAACUGACAGCUAUGUGUUGCAUCUCAUAUGGCAUCUGUCACCCAUGUCAUCAGGUAAAAGUGAUGUGAUUUCUUGAGUAUUAUUCAUAUUUUAAAGGUGGUAAUGUCUUCAGCCUCACUCACUAGCCAUCCUUGCUCUCUGCAUGAGUCUCAAUAUCUCUGCUCUCACUGUCCAUCAGAAAAGAAAGCAGCGAAGCAGCUGAGUGACGUGGAGGAGGAGGGGUCAGACGCGGAGAUGGAAACAGAGGAGGUGGAGGAGGGAGAGAAGGAGAACGAGAACGUCUCUAACGAAGGGACCACACUUGCCUCCGCUGCCACCCCUAAGAGAAAACGCAAAAGGAGGGAUAGAGGAGAGUCCUCCCCUGAAAAAGCAAAGGAUGGAAAGAAAAAGAAGGGAAACAUAAUAACAAGUGAUCAAGGUGCUGUAGAACUUCCAUGACUUCAGUGGUGCUUUUCACAGUAGCCAUAUAACAAAAUGAAAAUAUACCAACUCUAGUAACUGAUGAUCUAUCUUACAGACGUUGUUUCCUCUGCUUCCUCAGAAGAGGCUGGUGUUCCUGAAGACACUGAGGCAGGGCCUCCUGAGAGGUAAGUUUGUAAAUGUCAACUACUUUAUUCUGUACAGUAGGAGAAAAAGUGUUAAGUGCUGAGAUUUUUUAGACUUCAUAUUCAUCACGCUAUAUAUACAACAUACACUAUAUAUACAAAAGUAUGUGGACACCCUUUCACAUUUGUGGAUUCGGCUAUUUCAGCCAUACCCGUUGCUGACAGGUGUAUAAAAUCGAGCACACAGCCAUGCAAUCUCCAUAGACAAACAUUGGCAGUAGAAUGGCAUUACCGAAGAAAUCAGCGACUUUCAACGUGGCACCGUCAUAGGAUGCCACCUUAGGAUGCCACCUUUCCAACAAGUCAAUUCGUAAAAUUUCUGCCCUGCUAGAGCUGCCCGGGUCAACUGUAAAAGUGCUGUUAUUGUGAAGUGGAAAUGUUUAGGAGGAACAAUGGCUCAGCCGCUAAGUGGUAGGCCACACAAGUUCACAGAACAGGACCGCUGAAGUGCGUAGCAUGUAAAAAUCGUCUGUCCUUGGUUGCAACAUUCUACCGAGUUCCAAACUGCCUCUGGAAGCAACGCCAGCACAAUAACUGUUCGUCGGGAGCUUCAUGAAAUGGGUUUCCAUGGCCGAGCAGCCUCACACAAGCCUAAAAUCACCAUGCGCAGUGCCAAGCGUCAGCUGGAGUAGUGUAAAUCUCGCUGCUAUUGGACUCUGGAGCAGUGAAAACACGUUCUCUGGAGUGAUGAAUCACGCUUCACCAUCUGGCAGUCCGACGGACUAAUCUGGGUUUGGCGGAUGCCAUGAGAACGCUACCUGCCCCAAUGCAUAGAGCCAACUAUAAAGUUUGGUGGAGGAGGAAUAAUGGUCUGGGGCUGUUUUUCAUGAUUCGGGCUAGGCCCCUUAGUUCCAGUGAAGGGAAAUCUUAACGCUACAGCAUACAAUGACAAUCUAGAUGAUUCUGUGCUUCCAACUUUGUGGCAACCGUUUGGGGGAAGGCCCUUUCCUGUUUCAGUGUGACAAUGCCCCCGUGCACAAAGCGAGGUCCAUACAGAAAUGGUUUUGUGGAGAUUGGUGUGGAAGAACUUGACUGGCCUGCACAGAGCCCUGACCUCAACCCCAUCGAACACCUUUGGGAUGAAUUGGAACGCCGACUGCGAGUCAGGCCUAAUCGCCCAACAUCAGUGCCCGACCUCACUAAUGCUCUUGUGGAUGAAUGGAAGCAAGUCCCCGCAGCAAUGUUCCAACAUCUAGUGGAAAGCCUUCCCAGAAGAGUGGAGGCUGUUAUAGCAGCAAAGGGGGGACCAACUCCAUAUUAAUGCCUAUGAUUUUGGAAUGAGAUGUUCGACGAGCAGGUGUCCAUAUACUUUUGGUCAUGUAGUGUAUAUGAAAAUAGCGUGUUUCUAUGUUUUGUGGGGAAAAAGAUAGAGGAAGAUAAGUCUUUCUAAUGACAUCCUCAACCAAUUAGUAGGCAAUGCCUACUCAUAAUGGGUUAAAAUCUCAUGAUGCACACCGAUGAUCUUCCUCUAUCUUUUUUUCCACAAAACAUAGAAAUGCUCAAUUUUCACAAAUGUUGAUGUUGGGGUGGUGCUGGAGAUGUUGAUUAUGAAGUUGAACAUUUUAGAAAUGUCCCUUUAAAGGUGCAAUAUGCAGAAAUCACUCUGCCAUUCCCAUUUUGCUAAAAGUCUAAUAGUUUGCCUAAUUUCAGUUUUCGUAGAGAAUCAUUGUGCCAUCUAAACCCCUGUGAAAUAUAUUUUCAAUAACCAAAAAUAUUGUAUUUUCAGCUGUUUGAAGCUGGGGUACAAAACCGAAAGUAAAAGAUGCAAAAACGAAACUUAAGCACGGGAAGCAUAGAAAUAGUGUACAUAGAACAGAUCUACCGCUUCUUAGACUUGCUUUCAAUGAGGAUGACAGAUCUAUAACUCACAUUUCUAUGUGAAUUUGGUCAGGUUGCCCAAAAAGUUACAUAUUGUAGGGUUAAUAAUUAUUCUGUAUUAUGUAUUUUUUUUAUUAGUUCAAUGCAGGCAGAAGGGCCAGUGGAAAGAGCCAAGGGACCUGUGGUGAUCAAACCAGCCCAGUUGUCCCGUGGCCGAUCCCAGAGACCUCUUCCUAACCUGGGUAAGAAGUGGGGCCAGAGGGGCCCCAAGCCUAACGUUAAAGAUGGGGCCACACCUGCAGAGGAGAAGAACACUGAGGAAGGGCUGUCUAAAGAACAGGUAGGUCUUUGUCCUGUGAGGAAAACCCCAUUUAAGAGCGCAAAUAGAGCUUAUAUUCACUCCAACAUCAUCAUGGACAAAAAAAACUUUCUGGUCAUAUUAUGUACACCAAUCACAGAGAAAUGUGACUUUAUUUUUCUUAUUAAUCUUAAAUGUUUGUAACAUUCUGUAAACUCUUAAGAUUGUUGUCUGAACCUCAAUAGCUGAAAAGUAGUUGAGUGCCUGUGUGGUCCAACCUCUACCAUAACUUACUUUCAGGUUGAUAAAGAUGCGUCGCCUUUAGUCAGUCAAAAGGAGGAGAAGAAAGCUGGCAAACUCUCUUCAUCUGAGGGAGAGGAGGAAGAAGCCAACGAUAAACCCAUCAAACCCACCAGGUACACACACGCAUACUGACCCUAAAGAACUGAAGAGUGUCACAGCCACAGAUGGCAGUAAAACUAGCUGUGUUUAUGUAUUUCAGGUAUGGCAGAAUACCCCAAAAGAGACAGCUGCUGAAAUACCCUGCAAAGGAGGAUGGGGACUCGCCCUCAGACUCUGCCCCCACUCCUGCCUCAGACAGAUGCCCCUCCACUUCUUCCUCCACCAAGCCCAAAUCCAAACCAGCAACCAGGAGGGCCAAAAUCAAACCUGGCCCCGCCCUGCCAGGUAGGAAGGGCCAAUCAGCGGCUAGGAAAUCCAAGCUGGUCACCCUCAGGGCGUCCCAGUCUGAAGAUGAAGAUGAGGAAGAAGGAGCAUGGAGAGAGGAGGCGCAGGCCGAGGAGGACACCCACAAUCCCACAAUCCCAGAGGAGGAGAACCAGGCACCUGCGUUCAUUCCCAUGAGCCUUCGCUCGCCACAACCAGUCGCCACAGAGGUUGAGGAGACCAUGGAGGAGGUGAGAGGGGUGAAACGCAUACCAUUUCCACACUACUGAGCUUAUCUGUACUGCACUGGCCUGGUUAUGCAUCCCCUAUAAUUGCUCCACCAUAAUUGCUGGAACCGUACUAGAAGGGUCAAUGUGUAAUGAAAUUAUCUGAGCCAGUAUGGAAUGGGUUGGCUCAAUGCUUUGAAAAAGGUUAGUCUACAGUCCUAGGGAUCUAGAUCAUACAUAAUGGAUCUAUUUGUAUUUAUUUUUAGGUGAUUUUAUUGUUUUAUGCAGUUACAAUUGCAUCCCAUUGGUUUACCCAUUUAAUUAACUCUCCGACCUGCUAUUCACAUUUUUACAUUUUGCAUUUUAGUCAUUUAGCAGACGCUCUUAUCCAGAGCGACUUCACAAAGCUGCUUUAGUUAUCCUAUACUUUGUAAACCCAGCACACCCUACCCUGUGUAUGUAUUUUUAUUAAUUUAUUUUCUGUUUUAUCAUGCAUGGUUCUUCCAUCCUGUAACCUUCCUUCCAUCCUUUCAUCCUCUCCUCCACUCACAGCUCGAUAUCUCCGUCAACGUGCCUGAUGUCCUGGGUAUUUCCCAUGACGCAUUCUGCCCUGACUCGUCAUGCGAGCGGGCACAGGGUGGUGAAAUGGGCACAGUGCCCUGUGAACAUCAGUUGGACCUGUUAGUAGUAAGUCAUCAUGUGUCCUGUCUGUCUCGUGUGGCCAAAAUGUAUUUCCCUAAACAUCACAACCAUCCCUCCUUCAGCCAUGUUUUUAACCUACAUUUUAUCAUCAAUAGCUAGGUUUCCAUCCAAUUGGUGACAGAUUUUCAUGUGAAAAUUCUAAAAUCUGCAUAAAAAAUAUGGGGAUUUUCCUACCAGAGUUGUUUCAAUCAAACAGAUUUAUUGCGGAUAAAAGGCUGUGCGUGAUGACGUAGUGCACAUAAAUCACUUUUACGGUUAAAUUCCCAAGUGCCGGAAAAAAACAAAGUUAAAUGGGUUUACAUCGCUUUUUCAACUCUACUGAUGGUUCGGUCACACAAAAAAAUGUGUUAUUUACCAAAUGUGCCCACUAGUCUUGUCACCUGCCUAGCCAACAGCUCGCAGAUACAGUGUGUCGGCUACCAAGAUUAUGAGAUUAUUAGGGAUAAGAGCUAAAUUAUUCUUUGGGGUCAAAAAUGGCAGCCAAGCUUCGAUCAUCAUGUCACCAGAAUAAGACCCUCGAUAUUUAUUGGAAAGGAGCAUCAAACUUAUCACUGUGCACUUUCACCACCCUGUGAAGUUCAUCAUAAUUUAUUUAAUCUGUAGCCUAAUAAACUGCAUGCUUGGUAGUGGGAGGACCACACAUCAUCGCGUGACUCCAAGUUUACUACGGUAUGAUGGUUAUUAUAUCAUUAUUUGCGCAUUAAGGCGUUUCCACCUCCAUUUCUCACAUAAUACAUUUUACAGACCCAAAAAGAUCCCACCAUGUCGAACGAACAAAUUGUCAACAUUUCUAAAAUUGUACCAGCAUUUACUGUUUCCGUUAGUCCGUUCGGGACUUUUUUCAUGUGACAGGUAAUUCAUCUGCAUUAAAUGGUUGGAUACAAACCUGGUUAUAGUAUCACAUUUGAGAUGCAGUAUAUAGCACUUUUCUCAAGUUCUCAGUGUUAAAUCGAGAUCACUGGGUCAAGCAUCCAAUGGGGUCAAACACAGCUGCUAUGUUGCUCCAGAUUGUGUCUAUGUUAUGACGACUAAUGUUUUUGUUUUCUUCGUUCUAGGACGUGAUAGACUUCCUGUCUCCAGAUAACAUGGAAGGUAGGUUGGUCAUUUCAAAAGCUGAUAUCUAUUGUAUCCUCUUAAGUAAAAAAAUUAAUUAAAUAAACGUUCUCCCUCACAACACUAACUAUAUAAUGUUAAAAAAGUGUUUUCCUCUCCUCUGUGUGUUCCAGUAUCUGAGGAGAGCUACAACGAGGCAGCUAGAACCUUACUGGCCAUCGGCAACCUCACCCACCUGUCUCAGGCUGCUGAGGCCUUCACUGCAGGAGCAGAUGAUUUCAUCACUGAAGAAUGUUCCAAUGAGAACCAACUGUACCAGAUGACACCACAGCCCACUGACCAAUCACAAACUAGCACCAUUCCUUCUGAAUCUCUGACCCCUGACCUUAGGGUCACUGAGGCAUCACGAAUGGCUGAGGAUUCUGUACCUGUCACCACGACAACAGCCUCUAUACCAGUCUCCAAAAUAACAGCCUCUGUCAUAAUUACCAUGGCAACAGCCUCAGUUCCAGUCACCACGACAACAGCCUCUGCUCCAGUCACCUUGACAACAAUGCCCUCUAUCCUAGUCACCACAUCAACAGCCUCUGUCCCAGUGCCUCAGAGCAGUGAUACACCCAUUCUAGAAACUCCACCCAUAGAGGAGGGGCCUCUCAGACAGAGGGAGGGGACUGAUAUUGGACACGCCUCUCAGGUGGAAUCAGAUUCUGAAGUGUCAGAGGGCUCAGAGCAGCAGACAACCUCACGGACGAGGAGGAGACACUUCCCUAAGGUCAAACCCAAACCCAACCUGGGAAGGGCUGCUAGGACCACACAGCCCAAACCCCAACAGACUACCACCACACUGUCAGAACCACCACAGAAUACAACCACACUCUCAGAACCACCACAACCUACUGAGAAUAUUACCACACAACCCAAACCAACACAAACUACCACCACACUGUCAGAACCACUACCACAGCCUAUGCUGCAUAUCACCACAGAACCACCACUGCCAACUGAGAGUAUUACCACAGAGUCAGAAACACAGCCCAAACAGAGAACUACCACACACUCAAAAUCACAACCUACCACCACACACUCCAAGCCACAGCCCACCACAAAUAUCAUCCCACACUCAGAACCACAGCCCAUUCAGAAAACCAGAGUAGCGUAUUCAAAACCACAGCCUACAUUGAAUACCACCACACAUUCAGAACCACCCCAGCCCACACAAAAUUCCACCACAAACACACUCUCAAAACCACAAUCCACACAGAUUACCACCAUACUCUCACAACCACAGCCCACCCCAAACCUUGAGCAGCCAGGUCCAGGUACACUCAGACCCAGAGCCCCAGUCCCAGAGUCGCCUCUGAUGUCAUCAGAAGAGGUGAAAGCUCACGAUGGCCCUACGGAAAGUACUUCCUCUUCCCUCAGUGCUGAAGGGUCCCCGUCAGGGACAUCAGACUUGGACCAGCCCAAACAGACAGGUCCCCCAACCCGCAGGGCCCGUUUACCUAAACCCAAACCCAACUUGGGUCACACUGCCAGAGCCGCUACACGCUCUGCAGUCCAGGUACCAGAAAGCAGGCCCAGCUCUGAAGUCCAAACACCAGAGGAAGCUGAAGAGGUUCCCAUGGAAAUACAACAGAUCCACCAAGUCAUCCCCCUUUCUAACAUCAUCGAUACUACCCAGGUAAGGCUAUUAUAAAUAUCAGCAAUUGGUUUAGCCAUAAAUGCUAUUUACAAUUUAAUGUGUUCCAACAAAGAUGUCUGAUUGUGUUCCAGUUGCAUUACCACAGUGUGCUUUUUAAAGGGUGUGUCUGAUCUCUGUGUGUGUGUGUGUGUGUGUGUGUGAUUGUAUUAAUAGGAUGAAAUACAACAGAUUCACCAAGUCACCCCUCAUCCACCCAUAGAGGAGGGGCCUCUCAGACAGAGGGAGGGGAAUGAUAUUGGACACGCCUCUCAAGUGGAAUCAGGUUUUGAAGUGUCAGAGGGCUCAGAGCAGCAGACAACCUCACAGACGAGGAGGAGCCACUUCCCUAAGGUCAAACCCAAACCCAACCUGGGACGGGCUGCUAGGACCACACAGCCCAAACCCCAACAGACUACCACCACACUGUCAGAACCACCACAGAAUACAACCACACUUUCAGAACCGCCACAACCUACUGAGAAUAUUACCACACUACCCAAACCAACACAAACUACCACCACACUGUCAGAACCACCACAGACUACCACCACACUCUCAGAACCACCACUACAGCCUAUGCUGAAUAUCACCACAACCUCAGAACCACAGCCCACCCCAAGCCUUGAGCAGCCAGGUCCAGGUACACUCAGACCCAGAGCCCCAGUCCCAGAGUCACCUCUGAGGUUAUCAGAAGAGGUGAAAGGUCACGAUGACCGUAAGGAAAAUACUUCCUCAUACCUCAGUGCUGGAGGGUCCCAGUCAGGGACAUCAGACUCGGACCAGCCCAAACAGACAGAUCCCCCAACCCGCAUGGCCCGUUUACCUAAACCCAAACCCAACUCGGGUCGCAUCGCCAGAGCCGCUACACACUCUGCAAUCCAGGUACCAGAAAGCAGGCCCAGCCCUGAAGUCCAGACACCAAAUGUUGUGGCUUCCAGACCCAAAUCUGAGGUCCAGAGUCUAGAUACUGGACUCUGCCCUGAAGUCCAAACACCAGAGGAAGCUGAUGAGGUUCCCAUUGAAAUACAACAGAUCCACCAAGUCAUCCCCCUUUCUGACAUCGUCGAUACUACCCAGGUAAGGCUAUUAUAAAUAUCAGCUAUUGGUUUAGCCAUAAAUGCUAUUUAUAAUUUAAUGUGUUCCAACAAAGAUGUCAAAUCAAUCAAAGUUUAUUUGUCACAUACACGUGUUUUAGCAGAUGUUAUUGCGGGUGUAGCGAAAUGCUUGUGCUUCUAGCUCCGACAGUGCAGUAAUAUCUAACAAGUAAUAUCUAAUAAUUUCACAACAAUGGGGGGAAAAAAAGUAUUUAGUCAGCCACCAAUUGUGCAAGUUCUCCCACUUAAAAAGAUGAGAGAGGCCUGUAAUUUUCAUCAUAGGUACACGUCAACUAUGACAGACAAAUUGAGAGAAAAAAAUCCAGAAAAUCACAUUGUAGGAUUUUUUAUGAAUUUAUUUGCAAAUUAUGGUGGAAAAUAAGUAUUUGGUCACCUACAAACAAGCAAGAUUUCUGGCUCUCACAGACCUGUAACUUCUUCUUUAAGAGGCUCCUCUGUCCUCCACUCGUUACCUGUAUUAAAGACACCUGUCCACAACCUCAAACAGUCACACUCCAAACUCCACUAUGGCCAAGACCAAAGAGCUGUCAAAGGACACCGGAAACAAAAUUGUAGACCUGCACCAGGCUGGGAAGACUGAAUCUGCAAUAGGUAAGCAGCUUGGUUUGAAGAAAUCAACUGUGGGAGCAAUUAUUAGGAAAUGGAAGACAUACAAGACCACUGAUAAUCUCCCUCGAUCUGGGGCUCCAUGCAAGAUCUCACCCCGUGGGGUCAAAAUGAUCACAAGAACGGUGAGCAAAAAUCCCAGAACCACACGGGGGGACCUAGUGAAUGACCUGCAGAGAGCUGGGACCAAAGUAACAAAGCCUACCAUCAGUAACACACUACGCCGCCAGGGACUCAAAUCCUGCAGUGCCAGACGUGUCCCCCUGCUUAAGCCAGUACAUGUCCAGGCCCGUCUGAAGUUUGCUAGAGUGCAUUUGGAUGAUCCAGAAGAGGAUUGGGAGAAUGUCAUAUGGUCAGAUGAAACCAAAAUAUAACUUUUUGGUAAAAACUCAACUCGUCGUGUUUGGAGGACAAAGAAUGCUGAGUUGCAUCCAAAGAACACCAUACCUACUGUGAAGCAUGGGGGUGGAAACAUCAUGCUUUGGGGCUGUUUUUCUGCAAAGGGACCAGGACGACUGAUCCGUGUAAAGGAAAGAAUGAAUGGGGCCAUGUAUCGUGAGAUUUUGAGUGAAAACCUCCUUCCAUCAGCAAGGGCAUUGAAGAUGAAACGUGGCUGGGUCUUUCAGCAUGACAAUGAUCCCAAACACACUGCCCGGGCAACGAAGGAGUGGCUUCGUAAGAAGCAUUUCAAGGUCCUGGAGUGGCCUAGUCAGUCUCCAGAUCUCAACCCCAUAGAAAAUCUUUGGAGGGAGUUGAAAGUCUGUGUUGCCCAGCGACAGCCCCAAAACAUCACUGCUCUAGAGGAGAUCUGCAUGGAGGAAUGGGCCAAAAUACCAGCAACAGUGUGUGAAAACCUUGUGAAGACUUACAGAAAACGUUUGACCUGUGUCAUUGCCAACAAAGGGUAUAUAACAAAGUAUUGAGAAACUUUUGUUAUUGACCAAAUACUUAUUUUCCACCAUAAUUUGCAAAUAAAUUCAUUAAAAAUCCUACAAUGUGAUUUUCUGGAUUUUUUCUCUCAUUUUGUCUGUCAUAGUUGACGUGUACCUAUGAUGAAAAUUACAGGCCUCUCUCAUCUUUUUAAGUGGGAGAACUUGCACAAUUGGUGGCUGACUAAAUACUUUUUUUCCCCCACUGUAUACACAAAUGUAGUAAGGAAUGGGAUUUAAGAAUAUAUACAUAUAUGGACAAGCAAUGACAGAGCGGCAUGGACUAAUAUACAGUAGAAUAUUAAAGAAUAGAAUGCAGUAUAUACAUAUGAGAUGAGUAGUGCAAGAUAUGUAAACAUUUUAAAGUUACUAGUGUUCCAUUUCUUAAAGUGGCCAGUGAUUUCAAUAGGCAGCAGCAGCCUCGAAUGUGCUAGUGAUGGCUAUUUAACAGUCUGAUGGCCUUGAGAUAGAAGCUGUUUUUCAUUCUCUCGGUCCCAGCUUUGAUGCACCUGUACUGACCUCGCCUUCUGGAUAAUAGCGGGGUGAACAGGCAGUGGCUCGGGUGGUUGAUGUCCUUGAUGAUAUUUUUGGCCUUCCUGUGACAUCGGGUGUUGUAGGUGUCUUGGAGGGCGGGUAGUUUGCCCCCGGUAAUGCGUUCGGCAGACCGCACCACCCUCUGGAGAGCUCUGCGGUUGCGUGCGGUGCUGUUGCCAUACCAGGCGGUGAUACAGCCCGACAGGAUGCUCUCAAUUGUGCAUCUGUAAAAGUUUGUGAGGGUUUUAGGUGCCAAGCCAAAUUUCUUCAGCCUCCUGAGGUUGAAGAGGCUCUGUUGCGCCUUCUUCACCACACUGUCUGCAUGGGUGGACCAUUUCAGUUUGUCAGUGAUGUGUACGCCAAGGAACUUGAAGCUUUCCACCUUCUCCACUGCGGUCCCGUUGAUGUGGAUAGGGGGGUGCACCCUCUGCUGUUUCCUGAAGUCCACGAUCAUCUCCUUUGUUUUGUUGACGUUGAGUGAGAGGUUAUUUUCCUGGCACCACACUCCCAGAGCCCUCACCUCCUCCCUGUAGGCGGUCUCGUCAUUGUUGGUAAUCAAGCCUACUACUGUUGUGUCCCCGUCUGCAAACUUGAUGUUUGAGUUGGAGGUGUGCUUGGCCACGCAGUCAUGGGUGAACAGGGAGUACAGGAUGGGGCUGAGCAUGCACCCUUGUGGGGCCCCAGUGUUGAGGAUCAGAGAAGUGGAGAUGUUGUUUCCUACCUUCACCACCUGGGGGCGGCCCGUCAGGAAGUCCAGGACCCAGUUACACAGGGUGGGGUUCAGACCCAGGGCCUCGAGCUUAAUGAUGAGCUUGGAGGGUACUAUGGUGUUGAAUGCUGAGCUAUAGUCAAUGAACAGCAUUCUUACAUAGGUAUUCCUCUUGUCCUGAUGGGAUAGGGCCGUGUGCAGUGUGAUGGCGAUUGCAUCGUCUGUGGAUCUAUUGGGGCGGUAAGCAAAUUGUGUUACAGUUGCAUUACCACAGUGUGUUUAUAAAGGGUGUGUCUGUGUUUGUGUUUGUGUGUGAUUGUAUUCAUAGGAGGAAAUACAACAGAUUCACCAAGUCAUCCCUCAUCCACCCAUAGAGGGGCGCCUCAGACAGAGGGAGGGGACUGAUAUUGGACACGCCUCUCAGGUGGAAUCAGAUUCUGAAGUGUCAGAGGGCUCAGAGCAGCAGACAACCUCACAGACGAGGAGGAGCCACUUCCCUAAGGUCAAACCCAAACCCAACCUGGGACGGGCUGCUAGGACCACACAGCCCAAACCCCAACCGACUACCACCACACUGUCAGAACCACCACAGAAUACAACCACACUCUCAGAACCACCACAACCUACUGAGAAUAUUACCACACAACCCAAACCAACACAAACGACCACCACACUGUCAGAACCACCACAGACUACCACCACACUCUCAGAACCACCACUACAGCCUAUGCUGAAUAUCACCACAACCUCAGAACCACAGCCUACCAUGAAUAUCACCACAGAACCACCACUGCCUACUGAGAGUAUUACCACAGAGUCAGAAACGCAGCCCAAACGGAGAACCAGAGUAGCGCAUUCAAAACCACAGCCUACAUUGAAUACCACCACACAGUCAGAACCACCCCAGCCCACACUAAAUUCCACCACAAACACACUCUCAAAACCACAAUCCACACAGAUUACCACCAUACUCUCACAACCACAGCCCAUCCCAAGCCUUGAGCAGCCAGGUCCAGGUACACUCAGACCCAGAGCCCCAGUCCCAGAGUCACCUCUGAGGUUAUCAGAAGAGGUGAAAGGUGACGAUCACUGUAAGGAAAAUACUUCCUCACACCUCAGUGCUGGAGGGUCCCAGUCAGGGACAUCAGACUCAGACCAGCCCAAACAGACAGAUCCCCCAACCCGCAUGGCCCGUUUACCUAAACCCAAACCCAACUUGGGUCGCACCGCCAGAGCCGCUACACGCUCUGCAGUCCAGGUACCAGAAAGCAGGCCCAGCCCUGAAGUCCAAACACCAGAGGAAGCUGAUGAGGUUCCCAUGGAAAUACAACAGAUCCACCAAGUCAUCCCCCUUUCUGACAUCAUCGAUACUACCCAGGUAAGGCUAUUAUAAAUAUCAGCUAUUGGCCAUAAAUGCUAUUUAUAAUUUAAUGUGUUCCAACAGAUAUGUCUGAUUGUGUUACAGUUGCAUUACCACAGUGUGUUUUUAAAGGGUGUGUGUGUGUGAUUGUAUUCAUAGGAUGAAAUACAACAGAUUCACCAAGUCACCCCUCAUCCACCCAUAGAGGGGCCUCUCAGACAGAGGGAGGGGACUGAUAUUGGACACGCCUCUCAGGUGGAAUCAGGUUCUGAAGUGUCAGAGGGCUCAGAGCAGCAGACAACCUCACAGACGAGGAGGAGACACUUCCCUAAGGUCAAACCCAAACCCAACCUGGGAAGGGCUGCUAGGACCACACAGCCCAAACCGACACAGACUACCACCACACUGUCAGAACCACCACAGAAUACAACCACACUGUCAGAACCACCACCACCACAGCCUAUUCUAAAUAUCACCACAACCUCAGAACCACAGCUUACCAUGAAUAUCACCACAGAACCACCACUGCCAACUGAGAGUAUUACCACAGAGUCAGAAACACAGCCCAAACAGAGAACUACCGCACACUCAAAAUCACAACCUACCACCACACACUCCAAGCCCACCACAAAUAUCAUCCCACACUCAGAACCACAGCCCAUUCAGAAAACCAGAGUAGCGUAUUCAAAACCACAGUCUACAUUGAAUACCACCACACAUUCCGAACCACCCCAGCCCACACUAAAUUCCAUUACAAACACACUCUCAAAACCACAAUCCACACAGAUUACCACCAUACUCUCACAACCACAGCCCACCCCAAACCUUGAGCAGCCAGGUCCAGGUACACUCAGACCCAGAGCCCCAGUCCCAGAGUCGCCUCUGAUGUCAUCAGAAGAGGUGAAAGCUCACGAUGGCCCUACGGAAAAUACUUCCUCUUCCCUCAGUGCUGGAGGGUCCCAGUCAGGGACACCCGACUCAGACCAGCCCAAACAGACAGGUCCCCCAACCCGCAGGGCCCGUUUACCUAAACCCAAACCCAACUUGGGUCGCACCGCCAGAGCCUCUACACGCUAUGCAGUCCAGGUACCAGAAAGCAGGCCAAGCCCUGAAGUCCAGACACCAAAUGUUGUGGCUUCCAGACCCAAAUCUGAGGUCCAGAGACUAGAUACUGAUGAGGUUCCCAUGGUAAGGCAAUUAUAAAUGUCAGCUAUUGGUUUAGCCGGUUGCAUUACCACAGUGUGCUUUUAAAGUGUGUCUGAUCUGUGUGUGUGGUGUUUGUAUUCAUAGGAGGAAAUACAACAGAUUCACCAAGUCAUCCCUCUUACUGACAUCAUUGAUACUACCCAGGUAAUUCAUUGUAUUCCUACCACAGAUGUCUGGUUGCGUGAAGAAAUGUGCUCCUAAGAUAUGCGUCUCAUCUGUGUGCGUCUGAUGUUUAUAUUCCCAGGGGGAUACGGCUCUCUUUACGGAGGGAAGCUUUUUCUCGCAACAAAGUGAUGCUGUCAUCACUCAACACUCAGAAAGUUCUGUGUCAACUGCUCUGUUGGACCAGGCCCAGUCAGACCCUGAUGAGCCCAUCUUCAUCCUCUCCCUGACUGAAAUCCCAGUCCUCCCCACAGGGGAGGAGUAUGGCUGUACAUCCCAGACCGUCUCCGACCCUUUCUCUUUUCUACCGGUCGCAGACGCAUGCGCUCACCUGCAGCAGAGGUUAGUGCCUGUCAGUCAGUCAUCACUAACCCUGUCCACUCAGUUUUCCCCGCAAAUGCAAUUGAUCUCCCAUAUGAAUGUACAUUUUCUCCUCUCUCCCCCUCUUUCUUUCUCUCGCCGCCUCUCUUUUCUGCUCUGUCUUUUCACCUUGCAUAUCCUUCUCCUCUCCUUCAACAGUGAUAUUGUUGCCCCAGGAGGUGGUUUGGAGAAAGGGAAUGCUGGUAUCCUCUGGAAAGUCCCUGAGCCUAUGUCUGUGGAUGAGGUCCUCCCUCAACCCUCAUACACCAGUAUCAAGGAAGUGGAGUCUGGCUCCACAGCAGGCCCAGUAGGUUUGUGUGCCUCGGGCAAACCCUCAGAAGACCCCAUGGCUGAUGCAGAGACUAGUGAGGACACAGAUCCUCCUUCUAAGAAGAGGAAAGUUCCAGAGAGAGCCAGGAGAGGUGGGCACAGAAUAUACAGUAGUACAUCUAAUACAAUGUGUAAAACACUUGCUCUCUGUUAUCUGUUUGUUCGUUCAUUCAUUCAAUUCCAUUCAUUCAUCCAUUUUGUGUAAUAUUCUCCUAAUAUAAUUCUGUCUCUGCUUGUGUGAACUAGACAAACUGCAGGUGAGACCUAACACUGCAGUAAGGAAACAGCCCAGUUGUUCGGCCCCUGCCAAGGAGGCUGUGUCAGCCAUUACCCCAGACCAGACCACCUCUUUGACCACUACCACCCCAGACACUGACCACCCCACUGCCUCCAAACCCCCAGCCCAGCCAGGCCUCUUUGUCACAGGAACCGCAUCACGAGAGGUGGUGGCUGGUGAGCCACAGCAGUGGAUUGUGGGCUGUUUAGACCUCCCAGAGACAGAGGCCACGCCGACUGGAGUGGAGGACAGUAGUUCAGGGGUGGAGUCUCAGGAUGCCCGUCAAAUUACACCACUGGCUAUGAGUGGCCCCUUGAGCAGGUGAUGGUCUAAAAUGCGUUUGUCUGAAAUUCAUUAGUUCUUAUACCUGUCACUCUCUAUCUCCCUGUUUGUACUAUCUAUUAGUUAUAAACCCCUCAAUAAAAGAUGAAGUCGUAAGUAGCUAAAAGGACCGGAUGUUGUAUUAUAGUUAAUUGACAGGACACAUUCGGUUGUCUUCCAUUGAUUAGAUUGAUUAGGAGUGUUAAUAAUUCUUGAUUUAAAUCUUUGUAUAUUCCUUCCCCCUAUAGGCCUGGUAGGAGACCCAGAGGAUUCCUGUCUUUCAUGUCCAAUAAGACCACCUCCCCUGCAGCUGCCCCCCCCCGAGGUUCCAGAGCAGCCGCUCUGAGGCCCCAGGUCAACACCACCCGCCCAGGGGGGAAACGGGCUGCGCCUGCACCUUCUACCACCACCAGAACCAUGCCUGCACCUUCCACAACCCAAAACACCACCACCCCCACUAGAGCCACCAGAACCACCACUAAGCCAGACUUUUCCCCCAGGGUGACUCGGGAAAAACCCUCUGAUGUCCAGGCCUUACACUCAGACCCAAAGCCCAGUACCUCCCUGUGUACUACAGCUACUGAGGUAAAAAGAUGGACAACAUUUGGUGAUACAGUAUUUUAACUAUGAACUUCACAAAAAAACAUCAACCUACUGUUGUGGGCAUGAUCUUGUAUAACUUUUUUUACAAAACGAUCAGAAACAGAACCCUCAUUGUACUACUGUCCUACUCUCUCUCGCUCUCUCUCACUCUCUCUCUUUAUCUCCACCAGUCUUCUCAGGUGCCAGCUGCCCAGCCCAGUGUGUCUCCCUGUGUGGACAGCGGUUCAGCAGACGAGGAACCCAUCAACGUGUCCCAGUACUUCUUCAGUGACAUCUUCACCGAGGUGGAGGAGAAUGAGGGAUGA